AUGGCUGUGCGCGGCGCCAACACCUUGACGCCCUUCUCCAUCCAGGCGAUCCUCAACAAGAAAGAGGAGCGCGGCGGGCUGGCUGCGCCGGAGGGGCGCUCGGCGCCUGGGAGCACCGCGGUGGCGGUGGCCGCAGCGCCCGCUGUCUGCUGCUGGCGGCUCUUUGGGGAGGCGGACGCGGGUGCGCUGGGGGGCGCCGAGGACUCACUGCUAGCGUCUCCUGCCCGGGCCAGAACAGCUGCGGGGCAGACCGCGGAGACCCCGGGAGGCUGGGACUCGGACUCUGCUCUCAGCGAGGACAACGAGAACAGGCGGCGCUGCGUGGACGUGCCGGCAGCCAGCAGGGCCGGCGUAGCCGGGGGGACCCUGGGCCUCGACCAGCCGGUCUGCGGGUUGCACGCCGCCAAGGACCUGGAGGAGGAAGUCGCAGGCCGGAGCGACAGCGAGAUGUCAGCCAGCGUUUCAGGCGACCGCAGCCCGAGAGCCGAGGAUGACGGCGUUGGACCGGGAGGUGCGCGCUUGCCAGGGCUGUGCAGCGGAGCGGGCGGCGGAGGUAGCGGCGGCCCGGCGGGCGGCGCGGAGGAGGAGGAAGAACCCGCGGCGCCUAAACCCCGAAAGAAGCGCUCGCGCGCCGCCUUCUCCCACGCGCAAGUCUUCGAGCUGGAACGCCGUUUUAACCACCAGCGCUACCUGUCCGGGCCGGAACGCGCCGACCUGGCAGCGUCACUGAAGCUCACCGAGACUCAGGUGAAGAUUUGGUUCCAGAACCGUCGCUACAAGACCAAGCGCCGGCAGAUGGCCGCCGACCUGCUGGCCUCGGCGCCCGCAGCCAAGAAGGUGGCAGUAAAAGUGCUGGUACGCGACGACCAGAGACAGUAUCUGCCCGGCGAGGUGCUGAGGCCACCUUCGCUUCUGCCACUUCAGCCCUCCUACUAUUACCCUUACUACUGCCUCCCGGGCUGGGCGCUGUCCACGUGCGCAGCCGCUGGUGGCACCCAGUGA